AUGAAUGUCAUUUUUGGCCACUUGGGGGCAUCACACGCAAACGUGCCAAACGCUGCAGCUCCGCAAGUGUCCACUAGAUGUCGUUUUAACUCGUAUUCCUUGUUGCAGAUCAUCUUUUACGAGGGCAACAACUUCCAGGGUCAUUUUUACGAAUGUAGCAGCGACUGCCCUGAACUCAGUUCCCACUUCAGCCGCUGUAACUCUAUCCGGGUGGAGAGUGGGGCGUGGGUCAUCUAUGAGAGACCUCAGUAUAUGGGCUACCAGUACAUCCUCGUGAGAGGAGAGUACCCCAACUUCCAGAGCUGGAACGGCUUCAACGAAACCAUCCGCUCCUGUCGCCUUAUCAGAUGUCCAUCCAGCAGGCACAUGAUCCGCAUCUAUGAGCGUCCAGACUUCAGUGGCCAGAUGAUCGAGUUCAGUGAGGAUCUACCUAAUCUGUUGGACCGCUGGCGCUUCCGCGACAUCCACUCAGCUCACAUCCAGGACGGCGUCUGGGUCUUCUAUGAGAAUCCCAACUACAGGGGGCGCCAGUACCUUCUGGAAAAGGGUGAAUACAGACGGCACUCAGAUUGGGGGUCUCUUUAUCCCACUGUCGGCUCCAUUAGACGUGUUGUGGACUUUUAGACCCCACCUUAAACAUUAUCACUUACACUUUCUAAUUUUCCCCCACUCACUCCAA